AUGAAAGAAUUUGAUCAAUUAUUAUCAGUAGAAUCAGAUGCAUAUAUUUCAUCAAAAGAACAAGGUAUUGAUGAUGGUAAAAGAUUAGGUUAUGUUGAAGGUUAUCAAUUAGGAUUUGAAAAGGGUAUUGAAUUAGGUCAAGAAAUUGGUUAUUAUCAAUCAUGUGUAACAGUUUGGAAUCAUUUAGUAUCUAUAAAUAAUAAUAAUAAUAAUAAUAAUAACAAUAAUAAAAAUAAUUUAAAAUUCUCUGUUAGAGGAAUUCAAAAUUUAGAGAAAUUAACCAAAUUAUUAGAAGAUUAUCAUUUAGAUUUUAAUGAUGAAAAUAUAAUGAAUACACUAAGUGAAAUUAGAUUAAAAUUUAAACUCACCUCUGUGCAAUUAGGUUUACAAACUAAAGAGAAUGAUGAAUUAUCAUUCUAA